AUGGGUCUCGAAAGAUUUAGCCCGUUUAAGAAGGAUCGCCAAAACUUCCCGGGCGUCGUGAUCCCCUUAUCCGAAGCCCCAGCUUACCCCAAUGGAGCCCCACCCUCUGAAAAGGAGGAUAAAACCGAUGCUCUCGAUGCCAGCAAAUCCUUGGACCGAGCUCCCUCUUCGGAGACUGGUUCUGCAGGAUCUUUGCCGGAGACCAGCUACCUGACUAUUGAGCUUCUUCGUGCAGAGAUUGAUGCUGAGCAUUCGACUUCCGGCCACGACUCUGUGUAUGAUCGCAAAGCAAAGGUGAUUAACAGGGCUAUUCAGGAUAUUGGCAUGGGCAAAUAUCAGUGGAAAUUAUUCUUCCUUUGUGGGUUUGGAUGGUUGGCAGACAACCUCUGGCUCCAGGGAGUUGCUCUGACUUUGACACCCAUCGCGUAUGAAUUCGAUAUCGACACAUCAUGGGUGCGUUUCAGCACCUGCGCCCUAUUCCUAGGUCUGUGUAUCGGUGCUUCAUUCUGGGGUGUCGUUUCCGACAUCGUCGGUCGCCGUUUGGCAUUCAAUACCACCCUCUUCCUAGCUGGUGUAUUCGGUCUAGCAGCAGGUGGAGGCCCGAACUGGAUCGGCACCUCUGCAUUAUACGCCUGUCUCGGUCUCGGUGUUGGCGGAAAUCUGCCCGUCGACGGCGCUCUGUUCUUGGAGUUCUUGCCCUGCGUCUCUGGAAACAUGUUGACUAUGCUGAGUGUCUGGUGGCCCAUCGGCCAGCUUAUUUCCAGUCUACUCGCUUGGGCUUUCAUCCCGACUUACAGCUGUGCUAGCGCAGAGGGAUGCACAAAGGAGAAGAACAUGGGCUGGCGCUACCUUGUGCUAACUCUUGGUGCUAUCACCAUGUGCAUGUGGAUCGCCCGUUUCUUCUUCUUCCACUUAUACGAAUCGCCUAAAUUCUUGCUUUCCCGUGGUCGUCAGGAGGAGGCUGUUGCGUCUGUUCAUGGAAUUGCUUAUGAAAAUGGGGCUAAGACGUGGUUGACCAGCGAGAUCCUCAACGAGAUUGGUGGUAUCGCUGAGACAAAAGAAGAGGAGAAACUUGCCGUCAGCGAGAUCGUUAAGCGUUUCUUUUCCAAGUUCUCUAUGGAACGGAUUGCGCCUCUGUUCUCUAACAAGCGUCUGGGAUACACUACCGUUCUUCUUUGGUUCUGCUGGGCUACCAUUGGUAUGGGAUACCCUCUUUUCAAUGCCUUCUUGCCUCAAUACCUCUCCCAGACUGGUGGUGAAACGAACUCCUCCUACACGACCUACCGCAACUACGCCAUCACUUCAAUCGUCGGUGUGCCCGGCUCCAUCUUGGCGUGCUACACCGUUGAGAUCAAGCACGUUGGUCGUAAGGGAACGAUGGCUAUCUCCACUGUCAUUACUGGUGUUUUGCUAUUUUGCUUCACUGUCUCGUCCACCUCAAACGUCCAGCUCGUCUGUAGUUGUCUCGAGGCCUUCUUCCAGAACAUCAUGUACGGUGUCCUGUACGCCUACACACCUGAGGUGUUCCCCGCCCCGAACCGCGGUACUGGCUCUGGUAUCUCCAGCUGUCUGAACCGUAUCGCUGGUCUCUGUGCCCCCUUGGUUGCCAUCUUCGCUAGCAGCUCGAACCCAAACGCCCCUAUCUAUGCUUCUGGUGGUUUGAUGCUUGCUGCCUUUGUGGCCAUGGUUCUCCUUCCCAUUGAGACUCGGGGCAGACAGACUCUAUAA